AUGCCCUUGUCAGGUCGGUUCAUCCUUUAUUCAAGCUUAGUAUUUACCUUCAAGCUUUGGUUUCUAUGCUUAAACUUAAUGCUGAGUAUAGUUAAUUCGAAGUUUGAUCAGACUGUCAUUUGUGACUAUUCACAUCCACGUUUACCCGUCGUAAACACAGACAAUGGUUUUCGCAGCCUAGUUCAAGUGACACUCAUCAAAUAUAUUCUGUUUCUUCGUUUCGCAGCGUUUUAUCGUUUUGAAUUGAUUACAAGAAACACCAAACUUCUCGAAACACUCUCGUUUGCAUUUCUCGUCCGAUGCCAUCCUCACAUCGUACAAACAUACACGACUCGUUUCAAGAGAAUGCAACUCCUCAAGGAAAUCCUAUCUUCUUUGCAUAACCCCUUGAAACCAGACACCAAAAUACCUCGGUCGCACAUACAAAAUUCUCCCCCAGUAGGAGAUGGCAAUUCUACGGUUUCAGGUGAAGAAGCGGAUCUGCCAAGACCACAGGAGAGGAAGAGAAUCGAAAUUCCCAUCGUUUACCGGCGCCUACUUCUCGAAAAGAAUAGACUCGCCGGUGCCUGGGAUAUUUUAGACUUGAACGGUGGACGGGAACGGUGGCGUAGGCGUAGGCGGGAUCGCUCCAAUGGGGUGUGCUCCGAUAUUAAAGGUGCCCGGGGGCUAGGUUUCACCGUUAGACACUCGUCCAAUCAUGGGAGCAUCCUAUAG